AUGACAUGUUCGUCUUGUGUUCAUUCAAUUGAAUCAAACAUGAAAAAGAGACCUGGCAUACUUGAAGCAUCAGUUUCCUUGGCAACCAGCAGUGGUCGAUUUGUGUAUGACACAGAAACAACUGGUCCACGUGAUAUCAUAGAAGCUAUCAAAAGUUUGGGGUUUGAAGCAUCUUUGGACAGCAAUGACAGCAAAAAAGAUAGGAUUGAUCACUCAAAGGAAAUAAAGAAGUAAGAAAUGGUACUAAAUUUGUAAAAAAAAAUUGUCAAAAGUUUGUUGUGAAAAACAAACUUUUUUGCCUUACACGUGUGGGUGUCACCUACCACUAAAUGCUUAUUUAUUUAUUCAUUUACUUUAACUUAUAAACAGGCUACUUCUACAAACUACAUUAUACUUUGAAAAACAUGGCAUGGGACAGCUGUUUGGAAUUUGGAAAAAGUGGAGUACUUGCCUUAAGAAAUUUGCUUAAUAUUACUUUUCAGAUGGAGAAGAUCAUUUUUGUUUUCCUUGAUAUUUGGAGUACCAACAUUUGUUAUAUUCAUAACUUAUGUGAUCUUGGAUGAGUUAGAAAAAAGGCCAAACCAACUUGUACUGCCUGGACUGUCCCUGGAGAAUCUCCUGAUGUUUAUCCUGUGUACACCGGUUCAGGUAUGUAUCACUUAUGUAACAACUUUAAAAAGUUUCCUUUUUUGAGUUAAAGAAAGUUACAUAAGUAUUAGGAGCCCGCAAUCCCAAUCUCCAGGUAGCUAUUACGCGUGCAUGGCAGGUAUGUAGCCAGCUUCGUUAGCUUUGUUUGGACUUCCACUGAGAAUGAAUGGAAUGUAGAAAACGCAAUCUGAUCAUGCGUGUUUGGACCUUCGAUAACUCUUAAUCUGAUCACGCAUAUUUUGACCAUCUAUCACGUAAAACAUAUGCAGAGCACAGCUUUGGAGCAAAAGCGUUUUGACCUACAAUCGUUGUCGCCCACACCUACGUAGCCUACUAGUUAUCAAUCUUAUAGCCAUAGGGUUUUAAAACGUUUUUCUUAGAGUACUGGGGCCAAAACGUUAGACCAAUUGCUUAAAGCAAUACAUGUACUUAUGAGUUCAGUUCAGUUUUAUUUAGCCAAAGUAAAUUGCAAUGCAAGAAUACAUAUAAGAAUUGUAAGUUGGCAAGGAAGCCCAGAAGAAACCAGAAGGCUUAUGAAGCGUGGGCUCCCCAGUCACUAAGAAAUAAGUAAUAAGUUCCCUUAAUCUUAAAAUUCUUUAUGCAACCAGUCACCCUAACCAGUCACCCCAUGUAAGUAAAAGCAGAUUCUGGAAUCUGGGAAAUUUUUGCUUGUGGAAUCUGGAAUCCUGGAAUUGGAUUCUGGAAUUCAACUCGAGGAAUCCAGAAUCCUGCUAAUCUGGAAUCCAAAUUCCACUGACAGUGAAUCUGGAAUGUGUAGUUCCAGAAAAUAUCCAGACCCCCACCACGGAGGGAAUUGGAAAUUCCAGAGGGGUGGGGGGGUUAACGUUUCCUUGUCAAAAUGGAAAAUCUGAAGGGGUAAAAAUUCCCUCCGUGGAAGGGGUCUAGGAUUACGCUACAUCAUGGGAUGGAACCUUAGAAGUUCAAUUUCCAGGCCCUGCACAGAAGUCGGGGUUUCGCAUUAAUGAGCUGGUCCGCAAUAAUGAAAUUAAUACUAUUAGCAACUAGUACUGAAUAUUUUAACACUUAGAAAGAACAUUUGAAGGGAUAUUAUUUCUAUUCGUUUAUCGCCCAGUUUAUGUGUGGCUAAACGAAAUUUAAACUAAGUUGAACUUGAGACAAUGCAAGCCAGCAGUAUUUUAUUUGCUAUUAACGGACUGGCAGGUUGGGGAGGGCUUAGGGCUGAGGAUUUUACAGCAUUUCUGUUGCUGUCAGGCCAUUACGCUCGCGUCUCUUUACGCUGCCCAUGCUCGUGGAGUGUUCUUGUCACUUUGGGAUGUAGAAUUCCAGUUUUUGCUGCUUUCUGUCAUGUGCCUAACUAUACAGUUUAUCUCAUUUUUCAGGUUUUUGGAGGACAGCAUUUUUAUGUGACAGCUUAUAAAGCUCUUAAACACAAGUCCACCAAUAUGGAUGUGCUUAUUAUGCUGGCCACCUCAAUAGCUUAUGUGUACUCGGUGAGUUUGAUAUUAGUGAGUUUACGCAACAGGACGGCAGGAAGAAGAGGACAUUAAAACACUUGUGCGUUACAAACGUGACAGAGCUAUUAUUUGCGUGUUAUGUCGUGAUGCUAAUGUUUUCUGGUCUUUUACAAAAAGAUCUGUUUAAAGGGAAGUGACGUUUGGCGAAAAAUUACUUAAAACAAAAUUAUUGUCACACUUGUCGCACUAACGAUACCUGAAUGGGCAGAUAUAGUGACUUUCCAUCCCAAACACCCUAAUUGAGUCUAAAAUCUGCAAUUUACACCUCUAAGCGAGACGACGAGCACCCCCGUCACUUUUAUAUAGGAGUCCCCCCCCCUCCCCCCCGGGCUGCCACGCAGGCCGCUGAUUAGAUACCAUUGUUUGUCUUUAUUUUCUGCAAGAGGCCAUGUUCCAACCUUCUGUCAGAUGUACAACUAUCUUUGUCAUUUCUUCCAGAUUGUUGUUGUAGCUGUUGCCAUGGCAGAACAGAGCAACCACAGCCCCAUGACUUUCUUUGACACUCCACCCAUGUUGUUGGUGUUCAUCUCUCUCGGUCGCUGGAUGGAACAUGUAGCAAAAGGGAAGACAUCUGAAGCCCUGGCUAAGCUUUUGUCGUUACAGCCUUCAGAUGCUAUCUUGGUCAAAUUGCAACCAGGAACAAUGAACGUUAUAAGCGAGCAAGUGAUCAACGUUGACCUGGUGCAGCGUGGAGACGUGCUCAAGGUACACAGAGUAACGUAGCCGUUGAUUGGAUCGUCACGCAAUGCCCCCUCCAGAAAGGAACGUUGUGUGACCUCUUUAAGUGGCUCUGAGAACCGGUUAUUGUGUAUUUUUGUUGCUUACUUGCGAUUAACCUGUAAUACGAUUGUUCUUUUGUAAAUCACACCAUUAGAUUAUUGUGACGCUAGACUUAGAAGGUCGUGCUAUUUUUAAGAAUGGUUUAAAACCUUUUAUCGCUGUUAUAGUCGCUAGGAAAAUUGUCCCUUUGGCGAUAUGAUGGACAUUUCGCGAUGGUACGAUUAAAGUUCUACGUUAAUUCUAUUCGUCAGUUGGUUUAACGGCUUUCACCAUUUAGGGCUCUCUUCUUCCUUCGUUAGGUUGUCCCCGGAGGUAAAAUACCUGUUGACUGUAAAGUACUUCAAGGAACUUCCACCGCAGACGAAUCGCUGAUUACGGGCGAAUCGAUGCCUGUCAUGAAGAAACCAGGGGACUCUGUGAUAGGCGGAACCAUUAAUCAGAAUGGCUCGUUAUUGGUGGAGGCAACUCACGUGGGUCAAGACACCACUCUGUCUCAGAUUGUCAAGCUGGUGGAAGAGGCACAAACAUCAAAGGUAAGGGAACGAUGAUUUUAUUAUUCUUUGUUAUGACUGGCUUGAACGAAAGGGCCAGUGCUCGAAAUGAAUCUCUUUAAAAUGGCCGAUUUUAUUUCUCAACUCAAUUGGUAAAAGAAAAUUGUAGUAUUUUCCUGAUGUUGUAAAACUUUCUUGUGGCGGUACCGUUCGCUCCUCCUCUUCCCCUUCGCGAUCCCCAUUCCCCCCUCGCCCCCCUCGUCCUCCCCCUCGCCCCAAAUUAGGGAAACUGUUUGGAGGGUGCGGUUACACGUAAGCUAUAAUAGAGAGUUUUAGUUCCGAGUUUACCGCGAACUUCUAACCGCUGGAGGUCACGUGACGAGUCUUUCGCGUCACGUUUGAGGUUUACGACGUGCGUUUUCAACGUGGGGAGGUAGGGUUUCACGUAUGUCAUGUACCUGAAAGCUUUUAGCGUAUAAUUCUUGUUUCAUCCCACGUAAUGAUACAAAAAUCUUGUGGAGCAAGUCUUUAUCACAAAUUCGGGCGAAAUGCCAAAUGCUAUCAGUAAAUCCUAUUGGAUUUGAAAACAAGUGCCAUUCAUGGCUCCUGAUUCAAAAUGGCAUUCAUUCUCCUGAUUCAUUCUGCUUUGUUGUAAAAUCUCUUUCAGGCACCAAUCCAGAAGUUCGCUGACAAGUUGUCAAGUUAUUUUGUUCCCACCGUUAUCUUCAUCUCCAUAACAACUUGGGUGGUAUGGCUAAUUAUCGGUUUUCAUGACAUCACCUUACUCCGGAAAACCUACAAUGUAAGUGUUCGAGUAUCGGCUGGUAUAAAUGUAGUGGUUUACCAUAAAAGUCACGUGAUAUUAUUGUAGCCAAGCACAGCAGACGUGGACAAUCCAGUGAGCCAAUGAGAACUCGAAGCAAAUGUAGUCUGUUUUAAGCGCGGGAAAGUGGCCUGCGACACAAGUCACGAUGUCUCUUUGGGUUUACCCUGAUUCGUUAAAAAAAUCAUAAUCAAACAUCGUAUUGAACAAGCGCUGAGCUUGAGGAAGCGCUCUAUAGAAAAGGAGAAUUAUUUUGUCAAAUACCGCACAGCCCUAAACGCCAAUGCAGUGCUUAUUCGAGAAGUAUAGAAGUAAAAUUGUAUAACAAUUUAUGUAAUUGCGAUGUCGUCAAAAACGGUAAUACUGUGUGAUAUUGAAUUUUGUUCCGUGCUAUUGUCGUUCGGGUAUAUUGCCCUUUUUACUGGCUCCAUAUUUACUUUAUAUUGAGCGCCAUCCUUAAAUAUGCUCUUCAAAAUAGAUGUAACUUAUAUGAUAAAUCUCCCUAUACUUAGCUAAUACGUAGGUCGUGCAGGGUAUCAAUUUAAAUAUCAAAUUUUGUCCUUUACGUAAAGUUAUUAUUACGUCUUCUUUUUUCUUAUAUUUCUUUCUUCUCCAAUUCAACCCGCCGCGAUUAGCCUAAGCUAACUCGGGGUUGAGUGAAAUGUUUCUGUUGUAGUUAUUUUUUUUAUUUCCCGUAAUUUUUAUUUUUCCGUUGUGUUUGGGUAUGGUAAUGUAUGCUUAUGAAUUUGAAAUAAAGGACAAACACAAAUUACCUGAAAUAAAAAAAAUAAUAACUGCAACAUUUCCUUUUUCCUUUCCAGUCUACCUUUAUUUCUUGUAAUCCGUUUGAUGUGCAUCAAAAAGUGGUAAAAUUGUUGAACACUCCUACGCACUUUUUCAUGGAAAUGCCAUAUUGCUUUAGGUUUUAACAGCGCGGAAAAAAGUCCAUGGUAAUCAUUAUUAUUCACAUCUUAAUACGAUUUUUUUUGUUAUAUAUUUUCACAGGCUAAAGAUGAUAACAGAGUCGAGUUUGUAUUUGCCUUCGCCUUCCAGAUUGGUAUCACUGUGUUGGCUAUUGCUUGCCCAUGCGCUCUUGGUCUGGCAACUCCAACAGCUGUAAUGGUGGGUACUGGAAUAGGAGCACAGAAUGGAAUUUUAAUCAAAGGAGGUGAACCAUUGGAGACUGCACACAAGGUAAUAAAAUGGUUUCAUCACAAGUUUGAUCAUGAAAUGCACCGUGAUAGGCCAACGUUGUUGCGAGUUGUUGCAUCGGUCAGCACACCACUGCCAGCCCGGACGCAUAAACUCUCAACAUUGUGGCCCAACAGUGUUGGGAGUUGUUGCGUCCGUUGCACGUAGCUUAAGUAACCAUAGGUCGCCGUUUAAUUUGCUGUUAACCAAUAUAACGGGUCGCUGUUCGAGCUUUAAUUUUACUUAAUAAGCUUCACUCUCUUUCGCAUUUUCAGGUAAAUGCUGUAGUCUUUGACAAGACUGGCACCUUAACCCACGGAUCUCCUGAAGUUGUGAAGACGGCCUUGUUUGUGAAACCGGCUCAGUGUAGCUUGGAAAUGCUGUUGGCUGUAACAGGCACUGCUGAGAAUCACAGUGAACAUCCUAUUGGUUUGGCCAUUACAAAUUAUGCAAAGCAGGUGGGUUUAAAAUGCUGAGAAACAAACAGUACCAUUCAAAGGUACUUCCAAAGAGUUUUCACAUGAAUGGUAACAUUAUAGGAUCUUGUUCACAGACUCAAAUGUUAGAACCACAUAAACAACUAGUUACGACCACUUUUUCGAAUUUUCGAGAUGGUUGCUUACGAAAGCUUCAUGAACUGUAUUUCCUGUUAACAGGAGCUCCAUACUGACACAUUGGGUCAGUGUACCGAGUUCAAAGCUGUUCCUGGGUUCGGAUUAUCCUGCAAGGUCAGCGGUAUAGAAGAGUUAAUCAAACCUAAACCUGUUACGGACAAAAACAAGAAAAACCUGUCAGUCAACAUUUGUGGAGCAGUGAUUGAUGAAAUUAGUGGAAAUGACAAUGGUGAGGUUAUUUUAGAACUAGGAUCACAGCAGAAGUUAUCGAUGGUGGACAAUAACAGUUAAAUCUUCCCAAUAUCCCUGGGGCUAACACGAGAUUCGAAAAAAUCUCCUAAAUCAAAAUCCGCCCCCUCCCCCCCCUUCCACAUUCAUUGCAAUGUUUACCAUGAAACUUGUCAUCCAGGUUUUUCCUUCCCAUAAAAAACUUGCAGAAAAAACGUAUCCUUCCCACUACAAAAAGUUGCGAAACCCUCCAAAAAUAGCCCUCCUUUGUGGUCAAAUUGUUAAAACAAAGCGUAACCCAUAGAUCAUUUUGCCCUGAAACACAAAGAAAAUUCCUUUGACUUUUCUUUAUGAAACAGGGGAUCCGGCCUCCCAAUCUAUGAUCGGACGAAUACAUCAGGUGACAAAUCACUGCCGGAUAUAAAGAAUGUUGUCCGCUGCACUAGCGCCAACACCACAAGAGACCCACACAAAUGGUGUAACUGUUGUAAUAUUUGAAUUUAGAGGAAAUCUAUGGGAAUAUUGAAAAGUUUCAUAUUAUCGUGAUCUAUGAAUUGUUAUAUAUAAGAUUAAAAUGAACAUCUUUUUACCUGAAAUGUUGUGUAUUGUCGUUCUUGCAACAGAAAACGACAAAUUAUAGCGAUUUGAAGGGGUUUUACAUUCGACCUUUACCUGAGCGUAUAUUCGAAUGUAAAACCCUUAAAAUCGCUAUAAUUCGUUGCUUUCAGCUGCAAGAACGACAAUACACAACAUUUCAGGUAAAAAUAUGUUUAUUUUGAUCUUAUAUAUAAGAUUCAUCGCAUUUAUCACGAUAAUGGGAACCUUUUCGAUAUUCCCAUGCAUUUCCUCUAAAUUCAAACAUUACAACACACUAUUUGUGUGGGUUCCCUGUGCAAGCACGAUCGGGGAGAAAAGUAUACCGAGAUUAAACCUUCAAGCUGACUUUAACCUCCCCUGUUUGUCGUCAUUGUUUGUUUGUGUAUUUCUAACAAGCGUGCAUACAGUGCAUUUCUAACUUUUGAACUUGUAAAAAACAUACCAUUUUGACCACAGAAAUGAACUCACUUAUGUUUAGCUGAAAUUUACCGUGGUACUAUUUAUUACGCUGCUGAUUCCGUUACAGGGUGUUUUUAUGUUGCGUCUUCUGUCACGCUUAUCCGCAAGUUUGUAAAGACGGAAUCUUUUUUCUCCUGAAUUUUUAUCGAAAUUAAUUAAAUGUAUUAAAUGAACCUUCAUUUUGCAGCUGAAAGUUUAUUAAAGGAGCAAGUUGAAGAAGCCGAACCAUUGAGUUACCAUGUGGUUAUCGGCAAUAGAGAUUGGAUGCAACAGAAUGGCUUGGAAGUCACUGACGAGAUGGAAGAAGCCAUGCAAGAGCAUGAAGAAAAAGGACAUACCGCUGUACUGGUGGGCAUUAACGGUAAGUAGUGAACACAGCAGAUAAAUACGUGCGCUGCGGCGAAAGUGACGCUUGAACCGGAUACUUAGUAUCCUGGCGUCGUUUCUUUGAUGUUCUCACAAGUGCACCUCAAUUCUGGUUUUUAAAUGAUGACGUCAAAGUGCAUGUUUUCUAGGAACUGAACAUCGGUUAACAUCAACCCUGGAUGACUGCUGAGCAAGUAGUUUUCUGUGGUACUGUUUUUUGUUUUCAUUCCGUGUUACGAGAUGAUUCUAGCUUUUCCAAAUGGCUUUAUUCUCAUCAUUCAAAUAAAAGCAGCUACUAAGAAGAGCUUUCAAUCCUUUAGCAAUGUUUCUUGCGCGUGCGCUGAAUAAAGUGGUUCUGUUUUUUUUUUAAGGGUAGGACUUAGGGCCUGUUUACAUGGAGGUGAGGGACCCCAUGUCGGUGAGGUAACACGCCUAGGUGGGGUAACUUGCCUGUCCAUAUAUUGACUCAUUCAAUUUGAUCACGUUUGCGUGAUAGGUGGGUAGCCCCCCUCCAUGUAAACAGGCCCUAAGAUCCUACAGUGCAGCCAUUCAAACAAAAGUUAUUAAAAUUAUUUUUGUUAUUAUGCUUUACAAGUUAGUGCUGACGUUUUCAAUUCUGAGACUGUGAAUCAAGUUUUUCUCUGGAACUUUUUUAAAUAUUAGCUGCAGAGCAUAACUUCUUCUCAGUGUUUUUAGCUAAGGGAGUGAACUCUGUAUAACGUAGUGAUGCUUGUUCCCGUAGGGUCACUUGUGGCUAUGAUGGCUGUAGCAGACACAGUUAAACACGAGGCGCAAGCUACAGUAGCUACUCUCAAGAGGAUGGGAAUUAGGGUUGUGUUGCUUACAGGCGAUAACAAGAAGACUGCUUUUGCUAUCGCCAAACAGGUAACUUAGACUGGUGUACAUAAAAUACAGCCUUAACCUUUUUAGUGUGUGGACAAGGUGUUACCGUGUAACUAUUCAAAUGAACCCCAUUCAGCAGCCAUGGAAUAUGCAUAUCCUGCUGAUAGUAAGAAGCAACAAUUUUAUUUUGCCAACUUAAAAAACGUCUACAAAGAUCAGCAUAAAUUAAAAUAGAUCAGGCAAAAAAAAGCUACUCAGAAUAGCAAAAAGAACUAAACGACCUGAGUAGUUACAAUAGUCUGCUACACAGCCGUUUUAGAACGGGUGUAUGUAGAAGACUAAUCCUGCCAAAGGCUCUGUCACGCUAUUUCGCGUCAGUUAAAUUCCUAAAAUAAUGGUCCAGUUUUGUUAUUGAAGACUAUUUAUAGGCACUGCAACUGUUUCUUGUCGUCUGUUGCAACGGGUGAUGAGGAUAGAUACCGAUUGAAACUUGAAAAAGUUGUGCAAACCUUUUAAAGUUUCACAGCUAUGCCUUUAAAAAUAACCAAAAAAGUAUUAUGGUUAGUUCUCCCUGAUGAAAUUUGUUUGUUAUCGUCUUCACAACUCCAGGAACUAAGCAAUGACUUUAGCACAGCAAUAUCCUCGUAACGUAGCCCCUUUAAUGGCCCUCAUCCUGAAAACUGUGAAGUAAAUCUUUGGUUUACAAGCAUUUCUUAUUGGUCGUAGAAAUGAUGCAGAAACUGUGCUCUAGAGAUCUUAGUUGAGCAAGGAAUUCGAAGUGCGUGAGGCGUGUCACCCCCAGAAGUGGUUAUUUCUGGGUCGAAGUAGCCUCUUCAUGGCGCCAUAAUAGAAUGCCUGAAACAAUAAUACUUUUUUAUUAAACUAAGCUCUACUCUCGUGGGUACCCUGUGGCUAGUACGUCUCACCCGAUCUGUUUCCUACCCUCAGGUUGGCAUACAGCAAGUUUUCGCCCAGGUUCUUCCCUCACACAAAGUAGAAAAGGUUCGUGCCCUUCAAGACCGAGGUUUUAUUGUUGCUAUGGUUGGAGAUGGAGUGAAUGACUCACCAGCGCUGGCUCAAGCUCACGUGGGAAUUGCUAUCGGUACCGGAACAGAUGUGGCUGUAGAGGCUGCUGAUGUCGUGUUAAUCAAGGUAAGAUAGUGAUCAACUUCUUCUUUGUCCUUAUAAAUAAGAAGAUUUUUUUUCUUAAGCCUCGGCUAAUAGAUCAAACAUUUUCGUUCAUCUUUGUCCCACGCUCGUGACAUGCUGAUUAAUUCAUUUUCACAUUUGUUUCACCGAGCUGAAAAUUUACGAUCUUUCAUUCUUUCAUUAAUUUUCUCGUUUCCACCAUGGGGCUUAUUCGGACUCACAAUCCGCUAUACGGAAAAAGAUGGCGGCUGUACAUUUUACCACAAUUCCUUUCGAACCUAACACGGUCAAUUACACAUAAAGUCAUUUUUUUUUUUUUUUUUUUUUUGGGGGGGGGGGGGGGGGGGGCGAAAUUCGUCCCUGUAAUAGCAACAUUGCCUAUCCUAGGUUUGAAGUUUAUAAAACUUUUCUGUACGUUUUUAUGAGCAAUUUUAUGGUUUUCAUGCGCUAAGAACUGUGGGUAAAUGUACCAGUCGCCAUCUUUUUAGGUACGGUGGAUUGGCCUGCCCUCUCUCCAAUUGGUUUGAAUGGCUCAUUUGGUUUAGAGCGUUAUGUCCGCAUCCGCAAAGACAAGGCUUCAAUUCCCGGUCAAGCUUCAUUUUUUUUUUUUGUUCUUCAGGUUCUUUUUCAACCGCUAGGUUGUUCAUUUCACUGAGAUGAUCACUUCAACUUUCAUAUCUUCAUCGCACUUUUCACAUGAUUUAUUUCGUUUGUUCUAAGCAGUAGAAUAGAAUACAUUCAGAUCGAUAGUCCGCGGCUAAAGUGUAUUAACAGUUCCCGGGACCUUUUUAAAACCAGUUGGAACUAGAAGUGGGUGGACUAACAUCCAUACAUAAAACGAACUGUACUGUUUAUCAUAUCAAGUAUAAGUAAAGGAAAGGUCGGGCAUAAGCUCGUUCAGCUGCAAGUGUUCUAAAAUAAAGAAAACCACAUACAAGUGUCUGUCCUUUGAGGAAAAACUAUAUAUACAGCUAUUUCGAGAAAGGUUAUCGGAAAAAAUGUGCACGUGACAAUACCGAAAGGUAAUAUGGGAUAUGAUCGAUACACUGUUCCUGGCAGCACUGUAGCUGUCGAACCUACUUUUGUUGCUUUCCUUUAGCACUCGCAAACACACAUCCAUGGCCUCUCGUGCCAUUCUUUGAAAUUUCUUUGAAGAACAAUGAACUCAAAACCACCCACAAUACCUUUCGAGAUUGUCGCGUGCACUUUUUCCGACAACCUUUCUCGAAGAUUAUAUACAGUCAACUCUGUCUUACCAGACACCUCUGUAAAACGGACACCUAGAGUUGGUCCAUGCCUUUCUUUACUCCCUUUAUUUGACUCUGUAUUAGACGGACAUCUAGUGCUGGCCCUAAAAGUGGCCGUCUUAGAGAGAGUUGACUAUAUGCAACAUAUAUAUCCUCUUUCGACAUUGAUAUCGUACUUGUUUGUUCUUAGAGUGAUCUUAUGGACGUGGCCGUGGCAAUUGACCUUUCUCGAGUAACAGUCCGAAGAAUUUACAUCAACUUCUUGUUCGCUCUAAUCUACAACAUGAUUGGCAUUCCACUGGCAGCUGGAGCGUUUGAGCCUUUCGGCGUGGUGAUGAAGCCGUGGAUGGCUAGUAUUGCAAUGGCCGCCUCCUCUGUGUCCGUUGUUACUUCGUCACUCAUGCUUAAACUGUAA